UAAACGUAAAACGAGACAGUAGUUGUCAGUUGAGUGUGAGAAGUGGUGGUGAACGGUUGUAUACGCUCUUUCCUUCCCGUGGCUGAGUGAACCUCGCUUCCUUUUUCGAGUUAUAGCCAGGGGGCCGUGCAGUGAACGUUUACCCACGGUACUCCAGACGAUAAGGUUUUAAAAUGAAUACUCUGAUGUCAAGUGAAUUGUACCCGUUUCAAUUCGUGUUUGAUCUACUCACGUUACGGGCUGCUCUAGGAGCAAAACCCCCCGUGCUGGCAUAAGGCCAGCUCAUUCUAAAACAACAUCACGAUAAUCUCGUCACAGGAAGAUAGUUACGUGGCGCUAAAAGCAAUUGCCGUUGUGAAACUUGAAUAUUUGGUCUUGCGUAAAGAGGAUCCCAUCAGAGACUUCAGAACUGAAAGCGGCGCUGCGCGGGACAUUCCCAAGAGCAUCGGUCUUCCAGAAAUAUAACAAGAAGAAUAAGAAAGAUCUCAGACCUACGCAGCAAAGGUCGGCCUGUACCUGUGCGUCUUGAUCUUCGUAAUGCUCCGUAACUGAUCCUCGUGAGCUCUUGGGGUCCUUUUGAAGUCAUCUUUCGCAGAAGGAUUAACCUAGUCGAAGCAAAGAAAGAUUGCUAAUUAACUUUCAGAAAGUCUGAAGUUGCCAGAUAAUAGCUUCGUGAUUCCACGCAAAUUACGCAGAUAUUUAUGAAGCCCAGAUUAUAGGACCGACCUUAUCUCAGGCACCGAGUCCUCCACCCUCCGGAAUACCCCCAAAUCCCGAUGACUGUCCACAGCUGAUAGCCCGGAUGUUGAUAGAGGGGGAGUUCCGAGGCCAUCUCUAGUCACCGCAGAUUGUUUACAUUCAUCGCCUGGCCUGGGAAGACGCCGGUGGCGUUACCAUGGCAACCGCAGGGGACGUCGCGCAAUCUUCCCCCGAGGAGACCCAGCCUCUGAGAGGCGCAGCAGCAGAGAAGGAUGAUGCCCCGGGCCCUUCGUACGGGGGCACGGGCGAGGCGCAGGGCGGUGGUUCUCCUCCCGACGCGGGCGUGAGGCUGAAAAAGGAGCUGGGUCUCAUGGACGGCGUCGGCAUCAUCGUCGGGAUCAUCAUCGGCUCCGGCAUCUUCGUGUCUCCCAAGGGCGUGCUCGAGUACAGCGGCAGCGUGGGCGUGGCCCUCGUCGUGUGGGGCGUUUCGGGGCUGCUCUCCAUGGUCGGGGCGUUGUGCUACGCCGAGCUGGGAACGAUGAUCCCGAAGAGCGGCGGGGACUACGCCUACAUCCACGAGGCCUUCGGGCCCUUACCUGCCUUCCUGUACCUGUGGGUGGCGCUGGUCAUCAUCAUGCCCACGGGCAACACCGUCAUCGCCCUCACCUUCGCCAACUACAUCCUCCAGCCGCUCUUCUCCAACUGCGACUCACCCCCGGACAUCCCCAUAAGGCUCAUCGCUGCCGUUGUCAUCUGCUUCCUGACGUGGGUCAACUGCACCAACGUGAAAUGGGCCACCAAAGUCCAAGACGUCUUCACUGCGUCGAAGAUCUUCGCCCUGAUCAUCAUCAUCGGCGCCGGCGUCUACCACCUGGCCACGGGAAACGUCGAUAACUACCGGAAGCCCUUCGAAGGCACCAACAUGGACGUCGCGGCCUUCGCCACGGCCUUUUACCAGGGCCUCUUCUCCUUCGCUGGGUGGAACUACCUCAACUUUGUCGUGGAGGAAUUGCAGGAUCCUUACAGGAACCUCCCCAGGGCCAUCAUGAUUUCGCUGCCUCUCGUCACCAUCAUCUACUUCCUGACGAACCUGGCCUAUUUCGCCGUCCUGACGCAAUCGGAGAUGCUGGCUUCGAAUGCAGUAGCUGUGUCGUUUGGAAACCGGAUGCUGGGAGUGAUGGCCUGGACCAUGCCCUUCUUCGUCGUGUGCUCCACCUUCGGCAGCUUGAACGGAGGGAUCUUCGCCUCCUCCCGCCUGUUCUUCGUGGGCGCCAGGCAGGGCCACUUGCCGCAGAUCCUGGCUCUGAUCAACAAGGACAACUACACGCCAGUGCCUUCUCUGCUCUUCCUGGGCUUCAUGACGGUGUUCAUGUUGAUAUCUUCGGACGUCGCGGUGCUGAUCAAUUACAUUUCGUUCUCCGAGUCGGCCUUCAUCCUGACGUCCAUAGCGGCUCUCCUGUGGCUCCGUUAUAAGGAGCCAGACAGACCCAGGCCGAUCAGGGUGUGGAUCGGAUUCCCAAUCCUGUUUUUCGUCAUAUGCCUCUUCCUGGUGGUGCUGCCCAUAAUCCAGAGGCCCAUCGAGCUGGGCGUGGCAAUCCUCGUGAUCUCUGUUGGAGUUCCUGUGUACUACGUCUGCAUCCACCGUGAGAAAAAGCCACCUUGCCUCGAGAACUUCAUGGACAACGUAACCCGCACGACGCAGAUAUUAUGCAGAGGCCUCCCUGAGGAGAAGCACGAGUAACUUCUUAUUUAUUCUGUGAGAAUGUGGUGGUAUGAGAAGACGAAGCUCUGUCAGUCAAUGUAAGGUUUAUAUCCAGUGCCUUUUGUAUCUUUAGUCCAAACGGUCGUGUGUCGUGGGAGAGAUGACAAGGUUGUUGUCAUUGAAUUGUGGAAACUGUAUCAAAAAUAUCAAGAGAAUUGUUAUUUUUAAGGAGUAUUUUUUAUAUAAUGUUACGUCUGAAUUAGGUAGAUACGUGGUAGAUACUUGGCAUUGUAGUAUAUUUUUAUACUUGUUAACAAGAUGAUUAAACGGCUGAAAAUUAGCAUUGCUCAUGUGACACUGUUAUCAACCAUGGAUUCGUAAUUUUGGAACGACUGCUUUUAAUAUGACAGUCGUAGAAUUUUCUUGUGUAGAUAAAGACAAUUCAAGGAAAUGUAUUGAAGGAUGUACCUUUGUGCCUUUACCUGUACAGGGUAGUACACACUUUCAAACAUGUUUUUGUAUGAGGUGCACCCUUCUGGUUUUAAAAGAGUACACAUAUUCGUGUAUGAAAUGCACCUUUCUGUCCUAAAAUGUUUUCUCACCUUCACACAUGUCCUUGUAUAAGGUGUAUCUUCCUUUCUUGCAAAGGUUUCACACCUCUGUAUACGUGUUCCUGUGAAAGGUGCACCUUUCUGGGUGGAGAAGGGUACUACUGACACCUUCAGACAUGAUCCACCGAGGUGAAAGGAGAUAAUUCCAUCCUAAAGUCAUUCCAAAUAUGUUUUUUUUUCAGUGUUUGCCCUUGUGUGAGAAUCUUAUUGCCCGUAAGUUGGGUUUAGGUGCUUUGGUGCUCAAUUUCGCUCUACCAAGUCUUCCUUUUAGGUGAAAUAAGAGAUUUUCUGAAUGGUGAGUGGUCACGGGGGAGUAGUAUCCUUUGAACCAGGAAGAGGAGGGUUAACUGUGUGCCAGAAAGCUGACUUGACAUUUAAACUAACAGUUGAUGUUUUCAUUAAAAUAAAGACAUAUAGUUUAAUUAUGUAGGAUUUAGAGUGUGUCCAGAGAAAGUCUGCUUUUUAAAACUACAGAAUUUAACGGCAACUAUUGGAGAUUUGUCUGUAUUGUUUGUGCAGUUACUGUAAGUGAGGAGGCCAUGUUGAAAGGCAAGGAAUUCAUUUUAUAAUUUUU